GGGUGUAAAGAUGGUGGUCGGCUCUUUGGGGGGGUCCCUCUCACAAUGUCAUCCUGAUUUCUGCAGUCAUCUUCAUCCUUCUCAUGCAGGUGGAUGGAAGACAAACCUCAAAAAGAGAUGUUUUUUCAACUAAAGAGUCUUCUCUUGACAUGGCCCGUUCUUCAUUUGAUGAUCAGUAUAAAGGGUGCGGGGAUAUCAUGGAGACUGAAAUUCCUCAGCUCUUCCAGACUGAGUAUUCCACCAAUAAGGAGUUUGCCGAUGGCUGGGACACGGCAACAUUUAAAUGGGACAAUGAGAAGAAAAGGCAAACGUUUUUACCCAAGGGAUUCAAGGAUGAAUAUGCCAUUGCUUUGCUAGCAUACACCAUUAACGGGCCUCUUCACAAGGUCUUCAAUGAAGCUGUGAGGGAGGCUGGAAGGUCUAAGGAGUAUUAUUUGAGAAACUUCAAUUUUAAGGUCCUCCACUAUUACCUGACCAAAGCUCUUCAAGUGUUAGAUGUGGUGGAGACUCCAGCUUGCCAUAAGGUCUUCAGAGGGAUAAAAGGAAUGCGAUUUAAGGCAGAGAGUCAGAGUCCCAUCCGGUUUGGGCAGUUCACUUCAUCCUCCAUGAAUGACCAGAACGCACUACAGUUUGGCGAGGACACCUUCUUUAGCAUCUUUACCUGCUAUGGAGUCAGCAUCAAGAACUUCUCUUUCUUUCCGGGUGAGGACGAAGUACUUAUUCCCCCCUAUGAGAAAUUUAAAGUGUCCAAUUUCUCCAAAGAGGGAAACAGGAACUUUAUCACUUUGAAGUCUCUGGAAAAGUCAAGUGUUUAUAACUGUGAGCUGGCAAAAGAGAAAAAGUGUAAAUCAAGAUGGUGUCCCUUCAAUUCAGCCCCAGCGACCAGGAUGAAGACCAUCCGCCAUAUUCUUGUGCUUGUCGUCCUGUCCCAGAUAGCGGGACUGAUAUAA